AAUACUAGAACUCUGAAUGUAGAUUCCACUGCAAUGACGCUGCCUGUGUCUGAUCCAAAUGCAUGGGCCACAGCAAUGAAUAAUCUUGGAAUGGCUCCACUGGGAAUCGCUGGACAACCAAUUUUACCUGACUUCGAUCCUGCCCUUGGAAUGAUGACUGGAAUACCGCCAAUAACUCCAAUGAUGCCUGGUUUGGGAAUAGUCCCUCCACCAAUUCCUCCAGAUAUGCCUGUAGUAAAAGAGAUCAUACACUGCAAAAGCUGCACUCUCUUCCCUCCCAACCCAAACCUCCCACCACCUGCAACACGAGAGAGACCACCAGGAUGUAAGACAGUAUUUGUGGGUGGCCUGCCUGAAAAUGGGACAGAACAGAUCAUUGUGGAAGUAUUUGAGCAGUGUGGAGAAAUCAUUGCUAUCCGGAAGAGCAAAAAGAACUUCUGUCACAUUCGCUUUGCUGAGGAGUAUAUGGUAGAUAAAGCCCUUUAUCUGUCUGGUUACCGAAUUCGCCUGGGCUCAAGUACUGACAAGAAGGACACAGGCCGGCUCCAUGUUGACUUUGCCCAGGCUCGGGAUGACUUGUAUGAGUGGGAAUGUAAACAGCGUAUGCUAGCAAGGGAGGAGCGGCACCGUAGACGGAUGGAGGAGGAAAGACUGCGUCCACCCUCCCCACCCCCAGUGGUCCACUAUUCAGAUCACGAAUGCAGCAUUGUUGCUGAGAAACUAAAAGAUGAUUCCAAAUUCUCGGAAGCUGUGCAGACCUUGCUCACCUGGAUAGAGAGAGGAGAAGUGAACCGCCGCAGUGCCAACCACUUCUACUCCAUGAUCCAGUCAGCCAACAGCCAUGUCCGUCGCCUGCUGAACGAGAAAGCUGCCCAUGAAAAAGAAAUGGAAGAAGCAAAAGAGAAGUUCAAGCAGGCCCUUUCUGGAAUUCUUAUUCAGUUUGAGCAGAUAGUAGCUGUGUACCAUUCUGCUUCCAAACAGAAGGCAUGGGACCACUUCACAAAAGCCCAGCGUAAAAACAUCAGUGUUUGGUGCAAACAAGCUGAGGAAAUCCGCAACAUUCAUAAUGAUGAAUUAAUGGGAAUCAGAAGAGAAGAAGAAAUGGAAAUGUCUGAUGAUGAAAUAGAAGAAACAACAGAAACAAAAGAAACGGAGGAAUCAGCCUUAGUAUCACAGGCAGAAGCUCUGAAGGAGGAAAAUGACAGCCUCCGUUGGCAGCUAGAUGCCUACCGGAAUGAGGUAGAACUGCUCAAGCAAGAACAAGGCAAAGCCCACCGGGAAGAUGACCCAAACAAGGAACAGCAGCUGAAACUUCUGCAACAAGCCCUUCAAGGGAUGCAACAGCAUCUGCUCAAAGUCCAAGAGGAAUACAAAAAGAAAGAAGCUGAACUUGAAAAACUCAAAGAUGACAAGUUACAGGUGGAAAAAAUGUUGGAAAAUCUCCAAGAUAAGGAAAACUGUGCUUCUAGACUGUGUGCAUCAAGCCAGGAAAGUGACCACCCUCUUGAGAAGACCAUGGCCGGCAGUCCUAUCAAAUCUGAACGGGAAGCACUGCUAGUGGGGAUCAUCUCCACAUUCCUUCAUGUUCACCCAUUUGGAGCGAGCAUUGAAUACAUCUGUUCCUACUUGCACCGUCUGGAUAAUAAGAUCUGCACCAGUGAUGUGGAAUGUCUGAUGAGUAGACUCCAGCAUACCUUCAGACAGGAAAUGACCGGAGUUGGAGCCAGCCUAGAGAAGCGGUGGAAAUUCUGCGGUUUUGAGGGCUUGAAGCUGACCUGAAUCUCCACCUAGCAAUUUGGGAUCCUAAACAUAAAUGUGUGCUGGACAAGCUUAGAACAUGACUUUGUAUCUCAGUGGUUUUCAAGUGGACGUUGUUUUCAAUUUGUCAGUUCAUUCCUGAAUAUCUUUCAAGUUAAAAUAAGGAUCCUAGAACAGCACCUCAAGCUACAGGUCCUAAAAAGAAAUUGCCUCAAACCUCAAGUGCUGUAACUUCCUCCUAUUUCUGGCAAUUGGUUGUCUUUUCUUAUAAGUAGUAUCAAGAAAUUCCUGAGGCUAAAAAGUAUUUGGAAUGUUUUCAGUGUCUGUACUACUGUUGUAGACUUUGUAUGUUUUCAACACUGUUAACUGAAAUGUUUUGAUGAUUUGUGUGUGGUUUGUGUUUCUAGAUUUCUCUUCACAUGUUGCUACUUGUAAAAAGGAAUAAGAGGAGUGUUAGGAACUCCCUGCAACUGCCAUUGUCUUUCCAGUAAAUGAAUAAUCCAUCAGUGUCUUCUCCAAGGUGCUUCACCAGUUCACCUUUAACAAACAAGCAUGAACUGUGGCUUUUUGUAAAAGUACUAUGAACCAAAAGUGACAAACGUUCCAAAGUUAUUUUCUCUAAUAGAUAAAAGGUCUAUUUCAGAAUUUUAAAGCAAGAAAUCUAGAUGUAUUCAAAGAAAGUCUCCAGUGCAACUAUUGUGUUUGUGCUUUUAAGAACUACUUGUAAAUAGUCUGCUUUUAAAAGAGGGCAUGUUUAGUUUUCUAUGAAUUAAAAUCAGCCAGGCGUGCGCACAUGUGCACAUAUUGGCAGAAGGGAUUUAUUUUAAUAGUCCUUCCCCUCUGGCCUUCUUACAGUCUGUUGGUUCCUUUCUUCCUACUGUUAGUGUGUUGAAUUGCAAACUAUGUACUGCUGUAAAUACUGUUUACUUCAUGCUGACUGUUUGUAAAGAACCGAUUUGAAUAUUGAACGUAAUGAACUAAUGAAUAAAUAACAGGCGGGGUGUGUAAGGCUUCCUGCACAUAUGUCAACUCCCCUCAGAAUGCUGACUGAUACGGAUAGCUCUGGUUCAGUUGUGCCCAUCUGUACAUUGCGAUGGCCUCGCCAAGUUUAAGUGGACCAUUCAAGAAGUCCUGCUUGAUAGGAAAAGAAAACGGCAGAAUUUGAGGCUGUUAUCCUGAGGUAGAGAUGGUCUUUGUUAUUUUUGUGGUAGUAAUGGUGGUACUUCUAAUUACACAAGCAUGGCCUCCCUUGAGUUCACUAGAAGGUAAGAGAAUACACUGAGUGAGCAUAGGCAAUGAGAGGAUUGCCUGAAAAUACUUUGCAAAUGAGAUGUGAGUAGUGUUCAAAGAUGUAUUUUUAAAAUACAAA